AGUUUUUGUGCUGCAUUGCAUCAAGAGCUGAAGGAGUACUACAGAUUGUUGUCUGUACUUCAUGCACAGCUCCAGGUGGAAGACGAUCAGGGUGUAAACAUGAGCGUGGAUAACAGUCUGACUCUAAAGAGACUGCUGGUGUGGACCUACGACCCCAAGAUUCGGCUGAAAACACUAGCCGCACUGGUGGACUACUGCCAAGGGCGUAAAGGAGGAGAGUUGGCCUCAGCUGUACAUGCUUAUGAAAAGACGGGUGACCCUCACAUGAGAGCGUUGAUCCAGCACAUCCUUGGUCUGGUGUCCAACCCCAUUCUUAACUUCCUGUAUCGCUGGAUCUACGACGGGGAGCUGGAGGAUACGUACCAUGAGUUCUUUGUAGCCUCAGACCCAGCGGUGAAGACAGACAGACUGUGGCAUGACAAGUACUCUCUGAGGAAGAGUAUGAUCCCCUCCUUCAUCACCAUGGAUCAAGCCAGGAAGGUUCUACUCAUUGGCAAAUCCAUCAACUUCCUGCAUCAGGUAUGCCACGACAGGACGCCGCCGGGAAAGAUCAUGCCUGCCUCCAAAUCCACCGACUCUCCCAAAGAUGCGGCAGUGUUGUUCACUGAUCUGGAAGGGGCCUUUCAGAGUAAGAUUGAUGCUGCAUAUUUUGAGACCAGUAAGUAUCUGCUGGAUGUGUUGAAUAAAAACUACCAGCUGCUGGAGCAUCUUCAGGCCAUGAGGAGAUACCUGCUGCUGGGCCAGGGAGACUUCAUCCGACACCUCAUGGACCUCCUCAAGCCAGAGUUGGUGAGGGCUGCCACCACUCUUUACCAACACAAUCUAACCGGUAUCCUGGAGACUGCUGUCAGAGCAACCAAUGCCCAGUUUGACAGUCCGGAGAUACUGAAGAGGCUUGAUGUCCGGCUACUAGAGGUUUCUCCUGGAGACACUGGUUGGGAUGUCUUCAGUUUGGAUUAUCAUGUAGAGGGGCCCAUUGCCACGGUGUUCACCCGUGAGUGCAUGAGCCACUACCUGCGAGUGUUUAACUUCCUGUGGAGGGCUAAAAGAAUGGAGUACAUCCUCACAGAUAUAUGGAAAGGUCAAAUGUGUAACUCCAAACUGUUGAAGAGCAUGCCGGAGCUCUCCGGUGUGCUGCACCAAUGUCACCUUCUCGCUUCCGAGAUGGUUCACUUCAUCCAUCAGAUGCAGUAUUACGUCACAUUUGAGGUGUUGGAGUGCUCUUGGGAUGAGCUGUGGAAUAAGGUCCUGCAGGCUCAGGAUCUGGACCACAUUAUAGCAGCUCAUGACGUUUUCCUGGACACCAUCAUUUCUCGCUGCCUGCUGGAUGUGAACAACAGGUCUCUGUUGAAUCAGUUGCGUGCGGUGUUUGAUCAGAUCAUUGAGUUCCAGAAUGCUCAGGACACACUGUACCGCUCUGCUCUAGAAGAGCUGCAACUGCGCAUCCAAUUCGAGGACAAGAAGAGACAGAGGGAAGAAAUGGGCGAGUGGGGUGUAACAGCAGAGCAGGAGGCCGAGGAGAACAGACGUGUGCAGGAGUUUAAAGACACCAUACCAAAAAUGUGCUCUCAGCUCAGAUUACUCACACACUUCUAUCAGGGCAUAGUGCAGGAGUUCCUGCGGCUGCUAAUGACCUGCUCUGAUGAGAGUCUUCAGUUCCUCAGUUUCCGUCUGGACUUCAACGAGCAUUAUAAGGCCCGUGAUCCUCGCCUCCGGCCCUCGCUAGGGGCCACUAAAGGGAGACGAAGCUCCAACAUCUGA